CCCAUCCCCGACUGCCUCGACUUUGACAAGUAUGCAAGUGUCGACGCUGUUAUCAACAACAACAUCUCUCCGUACUGUGCCAACCUAUAUCUCAUCUCUGGAAUGGCGGGGCCUUGCACGAUUCUCUCGCAACCUACAAUGAUUUGAUGGCCAACUGCUAUUCUGUCUGGUCUCUUCAAAUCUUCCGCCAAAGCGGUAAAGAGCUCCGCGCCCGCCCAAAUCGAGAAAUUUUACAAUAGCGAGGACUUGCCCAAGUAAUUUACCUGUGUUUACAGCGUUCCUAUGGACAGGAAUAACGGUUCCACGGUCUACACCAACAAAACUGGCCCAAGAUGUCCGCCUAACCACUGGCCCACUUGCCGACGGGUAUGGCUACAGCAUCCAUUACUUUGCCAACGACAUGGACGCAUGGCUAGGCUUCAUGGAGCAGACGUACAGUGUCGAUCAAAGUUGGAUCAUUCCAAUGGUCCAUGCAUUUGCUCCUUGCCCCAGCUGGUAAACAAAGAAUGCGAGAACUAUGGCAAACAGCACUUCUACGAAAUCUCUGGCGACACGAAGAUACCAGACCCUGCAGAAGCUAUCAAGAACAACUUGGGCGACGAUACUGCUAUAAUUAACUGGCUAAGCGAUACGGCGUUCUUAUCUUCGUUCAACUUAUUCAACGGCGACUCGCGAGAAUGGCAGAAUGCAAACGUUGUGAACGGCACAUCGAUGAGCGUAGACAGCGUGGCUGCUUCUGCCGCCUCCAUGAAGAGCGUAGAUGGUAUCAGACAGAAGGAGGUGGACGGGGAAGCGCUACAAAUCAUCCUGCUCUUCGUGGGCGCCCUUCUGAUGUUGCUGCCGGGCAUGGGCGAAAAGGUUGGUGCUCUCUUCGAUUCGACAAUGAUCGUCCGCAUGAGUGCCUUAAUCUCCAACGCGGGCAAUCUAGCGUUAACUGGAUACACAUUGCCAAAGACCCGUGGUCUACCCCAUUGGCGAUCAAUGGCCUCUUGGUUGGCGGCCUGGCGACGCGAGCCUUUGGGGCGUUCUCGUCCGCUGCUGUGAAGAGUAGGGGCCUACCGGACAGUGCUAUUCAGGAACUCGGUAAGGAUAUUGUUAGUUCGCAUUGGCAUGGGAAAGAGUUCUGGCAAGCGUAAGUUGUGCAAGCUAUAGUUUGCGGGUGUGGCUAGGA